UAGGAAUCAGUCUUGUAGGAAGAUGUUGUUGCAGAUAAUUUAUUAAACAGAGAUACUAGCCCACCAUUUUUGAGAAAUAAAUCUAAAAAUAAACAGCUGUGCUGUUUCAUGGAAAUUUAUGGAUCCAUCAGCCCAAGUGAAGGUGAUUUGUUUGUACAGGUAGGCUACUGCUUUAAUCCAGACUUUCAAAGGGUCAGAAAUAGUUUGCCACUUCCUUUUACAGAUGGAAAAAUGUUUCUGACCAAGUCCAAUGGUUUUGAAAACUGCCUGUUCACAAUUUCACCAUCAAACACACCUCACGUGGUUUCAGUGAAUGUGAUUAAUGGUGAAAUGCGGGCCGGUUUAAGGCUUAUGGUGACUAAUGGAUCUUAAGCAGACGGAAGGGUAUAAAUGCUCUUGGUGCGCCUCUCCGUGAUUCACUUUCGACACAGCUCUUGCAAGUCAAACUUCUGUGAAGGACAUUUGAAUAUUAUUUAGUAAUUUAUUUAAAUCACUAAAGAGAUUUUAAAACAGCAGAAAUGUCAGUAGUGAGCACACUGCCUUUCCUAAAGCCCAUCCACAUGAGAGCUCCGAUCUCCCCCGGCCGCCAGCGCCGGCACACGCUCCCCGCCAGCGAGUUCCGGUCACUCAACACCGAGGACGCCAUCAGUGUAUUCGAAAUAGAGAGAGAGGCUUUUAUAUCUGUGUCUGGGGAAUGUCCUCUUCAUCUGGAUGAGGUCCGGCACUUCCUCACCCUCUGUCCUGAGCUUUCUUUGGGCUGGUUUGAACAGGGGAGGCUUGUCGCUUUUAUCAUUGGAUCACUCUGGGACCAGGACCGUCUUACCAAUGAUGCACUGACUCUUCACAAGCCUCAUGGGACUACUGUCCACAUCCAUGUGCUGGCAGUCCACCGGACCUUCCGCCAGCAGGGAAAAGGAUCUAUCCUGCUGUGGCGUUACCUGCAGUAUCUGCGCUGCCUACCAUAUGUCCGCCGUGCCGUGCUUAUGUGUGAGGACUUCUUGGUGCCUUUCUACCAGAAGUCUGGCUUUAAGGGGCAAGGUCCUUCUGAAAUAACUGUUGGGUCACUUACCUUCAUCGAGAUGUAUUAUCCUAUAAGAGGACAUGCAUUCAUGCGCCGUAACAGUGGUUGUUAAGGGAUCACUAGUCAUGUAGCUUUUUGGAUCUUCAAACGAAGCAGUGGGUGUGUUAAAGCAGCUUUUGGUUUUGUCUAGAUGUCUUGUGUUGUUAUGCUGUUUGCGUCUAUUUUUGUAAGCCUAGCAUAACAAAAAUGGUUAGACGUUUUUGGUUAGACACAUUAAAAAAGAAAAGAAAAAAGAAAAGAAAAGAAAAGAAAAGAAAAG